UUAAAUUCAUUCCAUCAUCGCUUCAUCUCCAAUAUUCCUAAAUAUUCCUCCUCUGUACGCAGCAACUGCCAGGCAAGGCAGCUAUGGCUCCUACGAUUUCCACCAGCGCUCAUGAAUCCAACUCCACGGAUCUCAUAAGCUUUGUAGUGCACCAAGGCAACGGAGUGAAGGGUCUUGCAGACAUGGGCCUGAAAGACCUGCCCAAGCAAUACAUUCAGCCUCUGGAAGAGAGGAUCAGUGGCUGCAAUGUGUUGCCGGAAGUGGCCAUUCCGGUUAUAGACCUGUCGGAUUCCGAUGACCCGAAGGUGGCGGGUGCCAUCUGCGAUGCGGCGGAGAAGUGGGGGUUCUUCCAGGUCGUCAACCACGGCGUUCCCGUUGAAGUGCUGGAGAAGGUGAAGGAAGCCACCCAUCGCUUCUUCGCGUUGCCGGCGGAGGAGAAGAAGAAGCACUCCAAAGAGCAUUCGCCCACCAACAACGUCCGAUUUGGCACCAGCUUCACUCCCCACGCCGAGAAGGCUUUGGAGUGGAAAGAUUACCUCAGUCUCUUCUACGUUUCUGACCACGAGGCCAAUGCAUUCUGGCCUUCAGCGUGCAAAGAUGAAGCUAUGGAGUUCAUGAGGGGGUCCGAAACACUGGCCAAGAGGCUCUUGGAUGCCCUAACCAAGAGGCUCAACGUGGAGGAGCUUGACGAAGACAAACAAUUGCUGCUAAUGGGUUCCAGGAGGAUUAACCUCAACUACUAUCCCAUAUGUCCAAACCCCGAGCUCACCGUCGGAGUCGGCCGCCACUCCGACGUCUCCACAUUGACGAUUCUCCUGCAAGACGAUAUAGGAGGGCUUUACGUGAAGAAACUCGACCAGCACGACACCUGGGUUCAUGUCCCGCCGAUCAGCGGAUCUCUGGUCAUCAACGUCGGCGACGCACUUCAGAUCAUGAGCAACGGCCGGUACAAGAGCGUGGAGCACCGGGUGAUGGCCAAUGGAAGCAAAAACAGGAUUUCAGUUCCCCUCUUUGUGAACCCUAGACCCAGUGACGUAAUCGGUCCUCUGCCUGAAUUGCUGAAGAACGGAGAGAAACCCAUCUAUAAACAACUUCUCUACUCCGAUUACGUGAAGCAUUUCUUCAGGAAAGCUCACGACGGGAAGGAAACAAUUGAAUUUGCUAAGAUAUGAACGUCUUUGUCGUGGAUUUUAUUACUUAAUGAUCGUCAAGCAUUUCCUGUUUUCUUAUAUGUCUCAGGAUUUCUUUGGGUGUUAGGCUCCGGACCCCGAAGACAUUCUAAAAUAAUUCAAAAUUAGCCGUUCAAAGUCUAAAAAUCUGCACUACUUUCUUAGUGCAUGAUAGGAAUAUAUCAUUAUGCAUGUUACCUUGUUAUUAAGUUGGUCAGCAUCAUGCAUCUAGUCAUUAAUAGUCGCGUUUGUAUUUGACUUGGUCAUAUAUAGCUCCUAUCUGUAAGUAUAAGAGUGCCUUACAUCUCCAUCACUUGGAGAUAUGUUUAGAUUUCUUAUAUGACUUUAUAGGCUUGCAGCGUA